CGGUCCAGUUCGCUUGAGGAUCGGCACAUCCGUCUUGCGUUACACAUACCGUCUGCUUCAAGUCUUCUCUGUUCCUCCGGCUCCCGAGACCUCUUUCCCAUGAAUCUCAGUCAGUAUCGACACAAGAAAACCCUUCCUCCGGGUUCUCGGAGGACGUGAUGAUCGGUCGAUGGCCCCAAGUCGGCAAAGUUGCCCCGAACCUACCUUAGCGCGUAGAGAAUCUAACCGUGACGGAAGGCCUUUUGUGCUAUCAUGCGUGCUAUGGGCGCUGGGCGAUUCGUGUCGCAAGCGGCAUUCUCGAAUUAGCACUGAACAUCAUCUCGGCCUAGCAGUCACGGCGGAUGAAUCAUUCUGCAUCGGGCAUACCGUUCAAGAGCCUAUUCAUUAAGAACUAGGUACCAGGUUGUUCGCCCAUACCUACUUCCUCUCCACUCCGCACUCAUAGGCAAUGCUUGUCCGACCAAGCUUAUUGAGCAGUCGUUUCUUUUUUUUCUUGCUCUCUUUUCUUUCUCUUCCGUCCCUAUUGUUCGUCGCCUCAACAUUCUCGAAUACUGGAUCACCGGACGAGUCACCGGCAGGCGAACCAUCAGGGACACGGUUGCUUUACAAAUCAACAUGGGAAACAUUGGUCCGAGAAGUAGGGACGGGCGCAGGUUUUGAUGAUGUGGCGGCGCUCAGUGGGCAACAAGCGCAGCCUUAUCCGUCUGCAGCGUCCAACGAGAUGCCUGUGAAACUCGAGCUAUUCCCAACUGGCUUGUACCAGGUGUUCGCAAGUGCGUUUCUAGGGGCUCGGAUCGACCCCAAAGAACAAUACAUUGCCUACCUAGACACCUAGACUGAAGACUCUGACUCCUCCGCCAGGCUAACGCUCACCCAAACUCCGCAGAUAUGUCGUUAUGUCCAUUACUUCCACCGAGUCGGCUGAACCGGUACUGCACGCUGCGUAAAUGCAGCCCCAUCAGCAGAGACAGGGGGCGGCUGAUGUACCGCAGGGAGCCUCAGAGGAACGAGAGACCCCCAAUACCUACUAGCCCCCAAGGGAUGUUGCGGACUUUCGGAACAUUCCAGAUCUACGAAACCAAGUGAAGUCUGAGAUGAGAUACUCGACUGGCCAGUGCAAGAAGAGGGAUGCAUCACGAAUCACAACCACACGCGCGGCACGCAUGCGGAGAUUGGGCGACGUUCGUUCUGUCGUUACCAAGCAGCAACGCCAACGUCGUGCAAAG